AAGGUUUCCCGCCACGGCGCUGCGGCGUUCGAUCCAAUGCCCGGGCUGUGUGCGUAGGCUUAACAUUUGCGCGCCACUUUAACCUUUCCUUACCUCUGUGGCUCCUCUGCUUCUGGUUCCUCGCCUUGCCCCUUGUCUGGGCCGGAGCCCUUUCACUCCUAACCUAACGAAGCAGCACAGCCCCUUUCAAAAGAAGCGGCGCGUAAACGGGAGUUUUGCCUCCGCCCAUGGCCCGUAGUGACAGAAGCGGAGCGGGGGAGGAAGGAGAGCGAGAAAGGCUCGGCGCUGAGGGCAGCCCGGCUUCCUGCCUGGGAAGCGCGGCACAGCCUCUCCCGAUGUAAAGCGUCGGCCUGAGAAACGCCGCCGCGCUGCGCUCUGUAGUCGAAACCGAUGGCUGGGGAAGCAGCUGGAAAACUACCCCUCCCGUGAUGCUUUUCGAAAGCAACCGCCUUUCUCUUUCCCUGCCUGAGGAGCCGAGGAACACGGCCCGCAGAAGGGCGCAGGGCCCAGCGCCGAGCAUGGACGGGGGACCUGCGUGGUGCUGAUCGGAUCCGUGCCCGGCUGGUCGUCGCUCCCCGUCCUGGCGGCCCUGCUUCUCCGAGGGUAGGCGGCUGUCUUCUCCCUCCGUCGCGGGAACGGGGUCUCCGGCGCUUCCUCUGGCGGGGGGCUUUCUGAGCGAGGAGGCGCAAGACCGUGUCCUGAGAUGAACAGAAUAAAGGUUGAUGAGGAAGAAUACUGGCACAGUUCCAAGUGUAAAGCAUUUACGUUUGAUGAUGAAGACGAUGAGCUCUUUCAGCUGAAGGAGUCAAAACGAACAGUGAACAGCCUCCGAGAUAUUGUAGAUGAUGACGAUGAUCUUGAGAAGUUCAGCUGGAGUGGGGAGCCUGUGGGCAGCAUUUCCUGGUCAAUCAAGGAGACCGCCUCCAGCAGCAACAAUACUGCUGAGGGAAGAGACUUGGGUGGGCAAAGAGGCUUUUCUUCAUACGGAGCAUUUCCCAAGCAAGCCUCUUCUUACUCACUGAGCAGCUUUUUCAAAGGAAGAAACAAACAUGGGAGCUUUCAGUCACUUUCAGAUGCUCUUACAGACACAGGAUUUAAAAGUUACGCCCCAGAACUGCGCAGACCAAAAGCAGACUACAAGGAUUAUAGCAGUGACUGGAGCCCUAAAGACACAGUAAGACGGCUGCAGAGAGGCAAGAUCUGCUCACUGGAGAGGUUUCACUCCCUACAGGACAAGCUGCAGCUACUGGAUGAAGCUGUUGCAGUGCAUGAUGGGAAUGUCAUUACAGCCAUCCUAAUAUUUCUGAAGAGAACCUUGAAGAAAGAAAUCCUGUUCAGAGAGCUGGAGCUGCGGCAGGUGGCCUUGCGCCAUUUAAUACACUUUCUCAAGGAAACAGGGGACCAAAAACUCCUCCUGGACCUGCUAAGGUUCCUGGACAGGACAGAGGAGGUUGCAUUUAAGCCAACCCUUCUUGAGCCUGCUGUGUGUGUCUGUUCCUGCCUUCUCCAGUUGACACAGUACCGUGAACACCUGAUGAUCCAGGAUGUGGAGAAACGAAAGGAGUUUCUGAAAGGUUGCGUUGGGUUACCAUUUUCAUUGGAAGAUGCUGCUCAUGUUCAAGACCAUUAUACGCUUCUGGAGAGGCAGAUCAUCAUUGAGGUAAAUGACAAGCAUUUAGAGUCAGCUGGGCAGACGGAGAUAUUUCGGAAGUACCCUCGAAAGGCCUCCAUCCUAAACAUGCCACUGGUCACCACGCUUUUCUACUCCUGCUUCUAUCACUACACGGAGACUGAGGGAACAUUCAGUAGUCCAGCAAACUUGAAGAAAACCUUCAAGAUCCCAGACAAACAGUAUGUGCUGACAGCCCUGGCUGCUCGUGCCAAACUCCGGGCUUGGCAUGAUGUAGAUGCUUUGUUCACCACCAAGAACUGGUUGGGCUACACUAAAAAGAAAGCUCCUAUUGGUUUUCAUCGGGUAGUGGAGAUCUUGCAGCGGAACAAUGCCCCAGUACAAGUCUUACAGGAGUACGUGCGCCUGGUAGAAGAUGUUGAGACCAAGUUGAACCUUGCAAUGAAAUACAAGUGCCAUGACGUUGUUAUAGAUACCUACAAAGACUUGAAGGAUCGUCUCCAGUUGAUGGCGUACAGAUGUAAAGUUGAUCGGGGUUCUCCAGCAGAGGAGAAGAUUGAUAGCAUCCUCAGCAACCCGCAAAUCCGAUGGAAGAAUUGAGAGCUGCUCACUCAUCAUGGAAGAAGCCUGAUUUUACUGGAACAAUGAAGGCAAGCUGCCAAACAUAGCUCUGCAUUGGUUUUAAUCCACUGCCCAGAUUGUAGCUGGCUCUGCUUUUGGAUCCUGGGACAGAACCCAAAGGAGAUGUUCAGCCAACAGAACCAAAGCUAAAAAGCUGAAAUCCAGCACUCUCUUUUCAACUUGACCAUAUGAUGAAUAGAACAUGAUUGCAUAAAUGAGAAAAGUAAAUGUGAUCAAGAAACUGGCACCCAAACACUUCUUGCAGACUAUCUGUUCAUCUGAGUCAGGAAGGACGGCUCCCUGUGAAAUUGUUAUUUAUAGGAAUUGUUUCCAGUCCUUUCAUUUUAUCCAGGUCCAAAGUGCGGGACAGUGACUGCUUUGAUAGGAUUGAAACUCAAGAUAAUUGGGACUUUUAUUUAACUGAGGAAGGGCUGUAUAGAGAUUCUUCAAGGCUAUCUAACCCCACCCGUGUUCUUCUCCCCAGAUCAUUGUAUAAUAACCACUUGCCUUUAGGCCAAGGAGAACAUAAAACCAAUUCUAGUUGGAGACUGACCAAUAUGCUUCUUGGACAAUGGUUGCAUUUUCCCUCAGCAAGGGCUAAUAAGACUACUUGUUCUUUGGUACUUCUUUCAUAAAAUGUACCACAGGCCUGGAUCCCUUUCUCUUCUGCCCUCUUUCUCCUUCAUUUUUUCCAUUCCUGUAAAUAAAGCUUUGCCUCCCUCUGUGUGA